CGGGGCCGAGGUUCGGGGUGUCGGAGGUGGGAGAGCGACGGGACGGGGCUGGACUGAGCUGGACUGGACCAGAGUAGGGAUGGCCGGCGGCAGCCAGGACCGCAGCCUGCGGGAGGAGCUGACCUGUGCCAUCUGCUGCGAGCUGUUCAGCGAGCCCGUCAUGCUGGACUGCAUGCACCACUUCUGCAAGGGCUGCAUCCAGCAGUACUGGGACAGCUGCGCGCACGGCCCCUCGUGCCCGCAGUGCCGCCGCAGGUUCCCCGGCCGCGCUUUCCGCUCGCACUACCUGCUCUCGGGGCUGGUGGAGAAGGUGCGGCGCUGCGGCUCCCAGGAGCACCAGCACAAGAUGCGGAAGCACCUGGAAGAUGCUUUGCAAGCUCGUCAGAAGGAGAUGGAGAAGUUGCUGCAGAGGAAGCGCGUGGUGCAGGAGGACAUCUGCAGCCUGACGAAGGUGUCUGGGGAGCUGAACUUCAAGAUUCGGGCUGAGUUUGCUCGCCUUCAUCAGAUCCUGGAGGAAGAGGAGAGAGCUGUGCUGGCAGAACUGGGUGAGAAGGAGGAGCAGACACUGGCUCAGCUGCACAGGCAUGUUGGCCAGCUGGAAGAGGGGAUGGCAGUGCUGCAGAGGGACAUCAAGCAUGUCAAGCAGACCCUGAGCAAGAUGGAAGAUGUGUCACUACUGGAGGUGGAGAGCCUGGAUGUCAGGCCCUCGGUGCGUGUGGAGACCCAGCCUGCCCUGGACCUGCAGCACUACAGGGACAGCCACAGUGGUCCCUUGCAGUACAUCUUCUGGAGGCAGAUGCUGCGCUCCAUCUGCCCUGCUCCUGCCCCACUCACCUUUGACCCUGAGUCAGCCCACCCCAACCUGGUCCUCUCCAGGGAUCUGACAGCAGUGACAGAGAGGAAUCGAGCCCAGCCCGUGCCCGUCAGCCCUCGGCGCUUCCGCCAGUGCGUCAACGUCCUGGGCUCGCAGGCCUUCGACAGCGGCCGGCACUACUGGGAGGUCUGGGUGGGCAGCAAAACCAAGUGGGACCUGGGGGUGGCUGCUGAGGCUGUGGACCGGGCAGCCAAGGUCAAGCUGUGCCCAGAGAACGGCUACUGGACGCUGCGCCUGCGGAACAGGACAGAGUACUGGGCCACUGCCAGCCCCUGGGUGCGCCUGGCUCCCCGCCAGCCCCCUCGGAAAGUGGGCGUCUUCCUGGACUGCCAGGAGGGCUCCGUCAGCUUCUUUGAUGCUGGGGACAUGUCCCACCUCUUCACCUUCCACCAGGUCUCUGCAGAGAGAUACUGCCCCUUCUUCAGCACCUGCUUCAGUGACGGGAGGGACAACGUGGAGCCCAUGCGCCUCUGUCACCUGGCCCUGUGAGGGACCAGGGUGUGCUGGAGACCCUGGCCUGGCUCCUGCCCAGGACUGCACUUGAGGCCAGUUCUGAACACAGAAGCCUGAGCGGUGUUGGAGGAGCUGUUUUGGUUUUAGUUUUGGGAGGAAGGAGGGGAUGAGUCUCUUCCCAGGUCCUGUCUGCCCUUCCUUCCCUGUGCCAUGGCUGCGGUUGCCACAAGGCACUGACAGGGGUUCCUGGCACCCCUAGAAGAGCAACCUGCCUUCCCUGAGCACAGCAGAGUGCAGUAACAGCAGCCACGGGGCUGCAGGGGAGGGGGCUGGGAGUUGCUGGCACCUCCUGUCUCUCUGUGCUCCCACCCGUGACCCCCGUGGAGCAGGGCAGCGGUCCUGGGGCACCAUCGGGUGCCUCAGCCCCACGUCCCGGCCAUGGCAUCCCCUGCGGGAAGAGCUUCCCGGGGCUGGGCUGCGGGCCGGCAGCAGAGGGAGCCCGGUGCGCGCCUCGCUUGCUAUUAAAGCUCAUUAGAAAUUCGGUGCUGCCUGCUCGGGGCUUGUGUCCUGGGGGUUCUGCUGCUCUGGGGUGUGGCACAACCCGGGGGCACCAAGCAGUCCCCCAGAGCCCUGCUCAUCUCGCAGUGGAUUUUCACCAUUUUAAGAUUUCACCAUGUCUGGCCUGGCUGGCUCUUAAGGAUCUGUACAUGUGAAAAAAUGCCAAGUCCCAAUUCUUUCCAAA